AUGGAGCUUGUAGAAGAAGUUUUCUUGAAGCAAAAGACCCGCAACUCUUGGUUAAAUGAAGGCGAUAGGAACACGAAGUUCUUCCACCUAUCUGCUUCGGAAAAAGUUAGAAGGAUGAGGAUCCAGGAAAAGCAAGAGCUAUUUAUGAUCACCCUUCUAUUCAGAAUGAAGCUGUCAAGUUCCUCCUCUUGUCUCUGUAGACGACAACAACAUGCUGUUGAGUGUCCCCUCCGACGAAAUAUUCAUUCAGUUUCGGUGAAAUUUUUUCAAGGUGGCACUCCGCCCAGGGCCUUCUCUUCCACCCUCAUCUGCCUAAUUCUGAAAAAGCCAGACGCUAAAUCCUUCAUCGACUACAGGUCGAUAAGCCUCUACAAUGUGGUCUACAAGAUCUUUGCCAAUAUUUUAGCCAGUAGAUUGAGUUCUAUUCUUCCGAAGUUGAUCUCCUUAGAACAAGGGGCUUUCGUUAGGGGCCGAUCCAUAGCGGAAAACAUCGCUCUCGGUCAAGAGGUGUUCAAAGAUAUCGAUAGAAAGGUCCGUGGGGGGAAUAUUGUCCUGAAGCUUGACAUGGAGAAGACUUAUGACAAGGUUGAAUGGAACUUUCUGAAAUAG